UGGUGGGGACAGACUCUGCAACCGCCUCUCCUACCCGCCGGUUCCGUCCCAACCUAUAAAUUUCUUCACAGGCGAUCGAUCUUGAAGUCUCGCGAACCUCCUCCUCCGUCAAGAUGCAGAUCUUUGUUAAGACCCUCACCGGCAAGACCAUCACACUUGAGGUAGAGUCCUCUGACACGAUCGACAAUGUCAAGGCGAAGAUCCAGGAUAAGGAGGGUAUCCCGCCGGACCAGCAGCGUCUCAUCUUUGCUGGCAAGCAACUUGAGGACGGACGCACCCUUGCUGAUUACAAUAUCCAGAAGGAAUCCACCUUGCACCUGGUACUCCGUCUGCGUGGUGGCAUGCAAAUCUUUGUGAAGACCCUCACCGGCAAGACCAUCACCCUGGAGGUGGAAUCUUCGGACACCAUUGACAACGUGAAGGCGAAGAUCCAGGACAAGGAGGGCAUCCCCCCGGACCAGCAGCGCCUGAUCUUUGCUGGCAAGCAGCUUGAGGAUGGUCGCACCCUUGCGGAUUACAACAUUCAGAAGGAGUCUACUCUCCACUUGGUGCUCCGCCUUCGUGGUGGCCAGUGAGUUCCUUGCGACCUUGGAAGUUUGAUUCGCAAGUCUGUUAUGCCUGGUGGCUUCUUCCCUUGUCUCUUCGGUUACUAUGUGCAAGUCUAUGUCAUGUGUCGUUUGUGAAACUCUUUAGUCCUGUGCCUUAUGGCAGUGUGAUCUCUGUUAUGAAUUAAGUGAGACCUAAAUCUUUUUAAUACUAAUCUGAAUGCUCUUAUA